UGCGCGUGAGUGGCUCGAGUUAAUGCCAUGUUUCAUUCAUGUUUACGUUUGUCUGUUUCAGCUCCACUGUGCGUCCAGCGGAAACUGCAACACACGAGCCGCCGAUAACAGCACUAACAACCGGACAGAAAGCUGCAGGUUGGCGCUACUCACCGGGAACAAGAGGACACACCUUUUAUCUAACGAGUCCAGAAGCAGACGGUGCACAAGGUUGAGAUGUGGCUCAUUGGUUUGUCUAAUGAGGAGUGUGAAAGCAUCUUAAAGGGCUCUUGAAACAAAGAAGAUUCCCGUGUCAGAGAGGUGCAGCGGCAGCGGGACCCGAGCUUCUUCCAACACCUGUGUCCUCACAAAUGUAGGCUUGACAGUGCAGGAUGGGUUUACCCGUGGACAGCCCAGACAGAGAUGAUGAUAAGCAUAAACAUGAACAGCAGGGAGAGGGAGAGGCAGAGGGAGAGGGGGGCGAGAGCCAAACCAGAGCCCCCGCCUGCAACCCUGCAGCCAUCAACAAGAAGAGGAGGAAAAACAAGAAGAGAUGACUGUGUAUCAACCUCACCAGCUGCAAAUAUGAAAGUGUGCGGCGUGCUGCCCGUAGAUACGGCCUCAGAGAGGCGGCGGAGGCGGAAGACUGGACGCUGUUCUGGACCGACUGCUCUGUGACUUUGGACCGUGUUAAAGACAUGAAACGUUAUCAGAAAAUAAACCAUUUCCCAGGGAUGAGUGAGAUCUGCCGCAAAGAUUUACUGGCGAGAAACAUGAACCGCAUGCUCAAGCUUUUCCCCAAAGACUACAACAUCUUCCCCAGAACGUGGUGCCUUCCCGCAGAUUACAGUGACUUCCAGGCGUACACCAGGGCCAAAAAAAGCAAAACGUACAUCUGUAAGCCAGAUACAGGUUGCCAAGGAAAAGGCAUCUUCAUCACCAAAUCAAGCAGAGACAUUCAACCUGGAGAACAUAUGAUCUGUCAGGUUUACAUCUCCCGGCCUCUCAUAAUCGACGGGUACAAGUUCGACCUGCGUAUCUAUGUGCUGGUGACGUCAUGUGACCCAUUCAGCAUAUUCAUGUUCAAGGAAGGACUGGCUCGCUUCUGCACCACAAAGUACAACGAACCAACACACGGCAAUGUGGAGGAUGUUUGCAUGCAUCUCACCAACUACUCCAUCAACAAGCACAGCGAGAACUUUGUCCGUGACGAGGACACCGGCAGCAAACGAAAGCUUUCAACGCUGAACAAGUACCUGGAGUCCAACUGCUGCAACACGGAGAAGAUGUGGAACGACAUCGAGGACGUGAUCGUAAAGACUCUGAUCUCCGCUCAUCCCAUCCUCAAGCAUAACUACCACACGUGCUUCCCCAACCACACCACCGGCAGCGCCUGCUUCGAGAUCCUGGGCUUCGACGUGCUGCUGGACCACCGGCUCAGACCCUGGGUGCUGGAGGUGAAUCACUCCCCGAGUUUUACCACUGACUCUCAGCUGGACCGCGAGGUGAAGGACGCGUUGCUGUACGACACUCUGGUUCUCAUCAACUUGGGCGCCUGCGACCGCCGCAAGAUCACCAAGGAGGAGCGACGCAGGGUGAAGGACAGGCUGCAGCAGAACCGCUCCAGAGAGGCCAGGUCAGAGGAGCUGCGUCAGUGCCAGGCUGCCACGGUGCAGCAGAUGGAGCGGUACGAGGCCAGACACCUGGGAGGCUUCAAGAGGAUCUAUCCCAGAGAGGGAGGCGAGAAAUACGACAAGUACUUUAAACACAGCAGCUCGCUGUUCCAGGACACGGCGGCGUCCAAAGCCAGAGAGGAGUGUGCCAGGCAACAACUGCAGGAACUGCGUCUGAAGCAGGAGCAGAAGGAGCGAGACCAGAGGGGUCGGAGGAGAGAGCUGCAGGGGGAGACGGCGGGGGAGAGAGUCAAACCGCGCCAAGCGCAGACGCAACCCCCCGACUCAAACCGUGACUGUGACCCGCAGCCGCGCCCUCUGUCUGGUCUGCUGGAGGAUCCUGAAGAGGACUUAGAGGUGAAGGAGGAGAAGAAGAAAAAGGAGGAAGAGGACAUGGAGGAGAGGGAGCGCGUGGAGGCGCUGCUCCAGAGGAAGAAACUACUGCAGGACCCCGCGGUGGUGGAUCAGAUCUACCGGCUGCUGCAGGACGUCAACAACGCCGCCAACCAUCGGCAGAGCAGCAAGCGGGCUCAUCACAGACGACAGCAGACCAAGUUGAGCUCUUUGACGCCGUUUUCCCAGAGGACUAAACAGCAGUUCUGCACUCAGAUCUCACGGCAGCACGUCUACCCCCACAUGACUCAGCAGCGCUCGCUCCGGCCCGCGAUAGAUCAGAGGAACCCCAACGAGCCGGAGAGCCGCAGCAGAGCGGGAGAACCUCGGAGGACCAUCAGCGCCCAGCGGAUACACUGGCCAGUCAGCGGCUCUCAGGACAGCAGGAGCAGCUCCUACGCAGACGCCCGUUCCCGUCCCGGCGUCCCGAUCAUAAACUACGUCCCUAAAGGAGGCCUGCGCUGCUCCUACGCGUCCCACGACCCCACCGCCCUGCAGAGCCUGUUCGUCAUCUCCACCCGUGCCCCCCUGGUCCGGAGGCCUGGCUUCUCUCACAUCGUCCGCAACUCCGUCCGCGGCAGAGCUCCGCAGCACGGCAAAGGCCAGUGAAGGAGACACGAGUCAGGACCUGCAGCCACGAUCCCCAUAUGUGAAAAAAACCCCACUGCUCUCAGAUAUAAACACAGGAGGAGGACUGGAGGUAGAGAGGCCUUAAACUGGGAAAAAAAAGCAGAAACACACUGUGCCUACGACCAAUAUCUCAUGUCUGUAAAUAGAUUUUUUUUUUUUUUAUAUAUAUAUCUGCAGUUGACUCUGCUUUGCCACUAAAUCUCCAGCUCUGCAGAGACAACAUUAUGAGCUUUGUAAGGUUUUCUCUUCACACAUAUAAAACAAACCUACAGUGCCAACAUGAAGCAGACGGGCCUGACGGGACGCCUGACAUCCAAACUUACUGAUUUUUUGGGUUUUCGAUCGGCUCGAGGACUCAUGAAAGUAUUAUUAGAUUAAUAUUAAAAUUAUAUAAACUGGAGGAUAUUAACAAAUAAAGGCCUGCCGCUUCUUAUCUCAAGGAAAUGUGUUUGUGCAGUCGUGUAUUCAAACUUUAUUUGCACUGAUGGUCAAUAAAUUUUUUUUUUAAAAUUGUGAUUUAGUUUCAUCAUCUUUAUUGAAAUUUUUUAAAUCAAGAAAAUACACAAAAACUUCUGUUC